AUGAAGCAAGCGGAAGUGGCUGAUGGGCAUUACUGGUGCGGCCCAACAACAACUGAAGCUAAGAAAAGAGGAUGCACGUUCAAUAAACUUCACAACAGGUGGAUGUCGCCACACUGCACAGCAGAUUUCGAACCUGCGAAGGAGGCUGUUUUCAAGGCUCUGGACGGCGAUGUCCCUGAAUUUGUCUUCUACAGAGAUGAGGAUGGCAAGCCUGGGGCAAAGAUAUCCGAGGAGGAGCUGAAUGGGAUGGAUAUCUUGACGCCAGCGUGGACGACGGUGGGACAUCAUAUGACGCAUUGCAUGUACUUGCUUCUUCAGGCAGCCGCAUCUUUGAAUCUUGGGACCAAGGCAGACAUGGUAGUGCAUGCGUGGGAGCAUGCUGGGCAUUGUGCUAGCGUCAUCAUGAACAUCACAAAGACGGCGCCAGGGUGGACCGAUAUCGCGAGUUUCGGGCAUACCCAGUCGGGCGUUUGUUGGUAG